AUGACUUUGACAAACUUCACAACGGAUGCACUUGAGGGCUUGUGUACUCAAGAGCAGCUUGACCUUCUAGACUCCAUCGACACACUCCGAUCGCAAGGCAUCAGCCACUACGUCUCGCUCCCGCAAAUAAUCGUAUGCGGAGACCAAUCAUCCGGAAAGAGCUCCGUUCUCGAGGCGAUUUCCGGCGUUUCUUUUCCGGUGAAAAGCAGUUUGUGCACUAGAUUUCCAACCGAAUUGGUUCUUCGGAAGAACUCCCAAGUCGGAGUUCGGGUUUCUAUUGUCCCUCACCAGUCGCGCAGCGACGCAGAGCAGCAUUCUCUUGGCAACUUUUGCGAACAACUUGAUGGAUUUGAUGGCCUUGCAAACUUGAUAGAGAAUGCGAAAGCAGCAAUGGGAAUAUCAACCCACGGAAAAGCAUUUUCAAAUGACCUUCUGCGAGUUGAAAUUUCGGGUCCUGACCGGCCACAUCUCACAAUUGUCGAUCUUCCGGGUCUGAUCCACUCAGAAACACGACAGCAAUCGGCAGCCGAUGUACAACUAGUCCAAGACGUGGUCCAGUCAUACAUGAGGGAAUCACGAAGCGUUAUCCUUGCCGUCGUCUCCGCCAAGAAUGAUUUUGCAAACCAGAUCGUCCUCCGUUUAGCGCGGGACGCUGAUCCAUCUGGCAACCGGACAUUGGGCGUCAUCUCUAAGCCUGAUACGCUAGUCCCGGGAUCUGAAAGUGAGGCUUCUUUUGUGUCGCUUGCCAAGAACCAAGACGUGGAAUUCCGUCUUGGAUGGCAUUGGAGCUUAUCCGAUCGGGAUACCCAGGAAUGGAAAUUCUUUUCCCAAGGAAUCUGGGAAGACCUGCCUCGAUCUCUUGUGGGUGUGGAUUCACUACGAACCCGUCUGAGCAGCCUACUUCUAGGCCAGAUUGCAAGUGAACUUCCAAGCCUGAUCAACGAGAUAAAUUCCAAGAUUAAUUCCUGCAGUUCGCAGCUUCAGAAGCUUGGUGACCCUCGUGCAACACUAGAUGAACAAAGAUCAUACCUUUUGCAUAUCAGUCAAGCGUUCCAGUCUCUGGUCAAGGCAGCUGUGGAUGGUACUUAUAACGAGCCUUUCUUCGGAGAUGCAAAGACGGAUAAUGGGUACCAGAAGCGCAUCCGAGCAGUCAUUCAAAAUCUGAAUCAGAAAUUUACGGAUAAUAUUUCCCACCGUGGCCAUUUACGCCAUGUCCAUGAAAUUGAAGACCACAGAUCGGUCUCCAAACGUCAAAUACUUCUCACAAGAAAAGAAUACGUUCAGCAUAUCGAAACGCUUCUCAAAAAGACAAGGGGUCGGGAGCUACCCGGUACUUUCAAUCCUUUAAUCGUUAAGGAUCUAUUUCAAGAACAAUGCGGCCCGUGGGAGGACCUAACACACAACCAUAUUACUGCAGCUUGGGCGGCGGCAAGAGAAUUCCUUCAACACGCAGUUUCCUAUGUGGCAGAUGAGGCUACCUCUAAGGCUUUAUUUCAAAACGUAAUUUUGCCGGCCCUGGAGAAUUUACGACAUGUAUUGAGGAAGGGAAGCGAAGAGCUACUUAUGCCGCAUCAACGAGGUCAUCCCAUCACCUACAACCACUACUUCACCGAAACACUCCAAAAGACCCGUGCUGAUCGCCAAAAAGAUGCCUUCCGUAAAGCUCUUCAAUCGUACUUUGGUGUUGAUACUCUUUCAACCUCUGAGACUGUGGUGCACGCCAUCGAUAUCCAAGGGCUUUUCAAUUCUCUUGUUCAGACUACCAUACCGGACAUGACACGUUUUGCAUCCGAGGAAGCACUUGACUGCAUGCUUGCCUACUACAAGGUUGCACUCAAGCGUUUUGUUGAUGAUAUUGCCACUGAAGUAAUCGAAGUAAACCUUCUGGGUGCAAUUCCUACACUUUUUACACCUAUAACCGCAUACGAGAUGCCCAAAGAGUUGGUCAGACAAAUCGCCGGUGAAUCUGAGGAGAGCCAAAGUCGACGGGAACAAUUAAACAAAAAAUUGUGGAUUCUCAGGAAAGGUUCGGACACUUGCAAACGUUUCGUUGGCAUUAGAGGCAUUGGUAAGAGAGGUCAGUCUACGACCAUACUUAUACUGACCGACUCGGUAGAGUCCAUCAAUGAAUUACAGGCUAGCUUACAAAACAAUCCGGCUACAUUAUCUUCUAGCUCUUGCAGCUUGGUUGAUGCGAUUGGAUCUGAAUCAGUCGACGGACAGUCCGGAUCAUCCAGCCCGGAUCUAUUAGAGCAACCUGCCAAAUAUGAGUAUGCUCAAGUGCACACCGCAGAGCCGGAGCAGCUAUUGGAAGCUCCCAUUUCAUCGAAGGGUGGCAAAAAGAAAAAAAAGGGGAAGUCUGCCCACAGACUUCCAUCUCCCGUCGAACCCACCGUUGAGCCUCCUACUGGAGAAGAAAUAUUCGCUUGA